UUCGCCGGCUGGUCAUGUCAUCUUUCCUCCGCUGCUUCGGAUGCGAUGUCCCCUCUUCUCCUGCUGCGUCCAAGUACACGGCUCAGCAAGGCGCAGAGGCAGAGGCAGGGGCAGAGGCAGAGGCAGAGGCAGAGGCAGGCUUAGAAGCGCUUCUGCCCAGUGAAACAUCAGAAUUUGGAAGAAGAAUCACCAGGGGAGAUGGAGUGAAGCAGCUGCAGUGGGAAGUGGGGCGGUUACCCUUGACAUUCCUGCUAGAUGUCUUCCUGCCUGCUCUCGACAACCACUCUUGCCAUCCAGAUUUCGGCAUCAGGGAUCGAUACUCGUCCACAGUUGCCGAAGCAGCCGCAUGCGUCUUUGCCCAACUUUCGGCCUCUCUCCCAGCCCGAGCCCGUCCGCUCCUCCUGCAGCGCCUGCUGUCCAGCAUGAUUCGCAUCAUGCCCGGGCGGAUAGGCCACAUGACAUGCGCCAUGUGCAUCCAUGCCGCCGCUGCGCCUGCUGCCUUCCUCACUGCCAGACACACGGCGCGAUGUGCUGCAGAGGCAGGAGAAGGGGGCGAGGGGGCGAAGGGGAAGGAGGAAACGGAGGGGAAGGUUGGGGAGGAGGCGUUAUCACAGGACAAAUCGGGUUACUUGCAAGAUUUGGUGGGGUGUUUGGAGGAGGGGAGGACAGGCGAGGGCGUGGAACUGGAGGUGCAGUUGGCGCUGCUGUUCUGUCAAGUCCUGGAGAUGGCACGGAGACACUUCAACCCUGCCUUUCGGCUCAAAGCAUCUGUGCGGGCAACCAUUGUGAGCUGGCUGCAUGCACCGCAACCAUGCACCCACGUGCCCAGCAAACCCCCCGCACUAACCGGCACUGCUACCACCACCAGCAGUGUUCCCACCAGUACCAAUGCUGCCUCUUUUGCAAGUCCCUCGACCAACGGACUGGCUGACCCUUCGCACACUGAACCCCAGCCAAUCAGGAGCUGCCACCUGGCAGAGCGGUUAAUCACUGCGCUGCGCUUCUUUGUCCUGGGGAAGACUGCUGGUGAGGAGGCUGAGGAGGAGGCGCUGCUGCUGCUGCAGUCUCGAGAAGAGCUGGGCGAGACAGAAGCAGGGGAUUAUGGCGGGAGUGAAGGGGAGGAGGGAAGGAGGGGCAGGCAAGGGGAAGAGGUGGAGGAUGUGGAGAAGGAGGAGCAGGAGAGGUUGGUGGAUGUGAUAUCUGACAGUGAUCUGGCGUCGUGGCAUGCUGCCUCUGCUCGCUGCUGUCUCGUGCUGCUAGCCGCCAUGCCUUCUCCCCACGUGCUUGCAGCAGCAGGGAAGGAUCUUCAGGGGCUGUUUUCAGAUCUCCUGGCCACUCACAUGCCGCCAGGUGGCAGGCAGAGGCUGCUUGUUCUCCUUCAGGUGCUGCUGGAGCAGUAUGACGUGACAGAACGCUAUUGGAAGGGCUGCGUGAAAGCUGCUGACAAUAGCACCGUCAGCAGUAUCAACACCACCAGCAGCAGCAGCGGCAGUGACACGAGCAGUAGUGCGUGUGCAAGAGAGAUGAUGGUGGCUUCAAGAAGCUCCUUGCUGGAGCUUCUUUCGCUGGUCAUGCCAUCUCUCACUGCUUUGGCCUCCCAAGAUCAGUUUCUCUUCGCCAGCCCAGAUCAACUGGCCUCCCUAGCCACCUCCUCGGCACCUCUACCAGCUGCAGUGCGGGGGAAGCUCGGCGGCCCCACUCUGCGCCGCCUGCCUCUCACCACCGGUGCUGCUGUGCUGCGAGCGGUUAAUCUGGUGUGCUGCUUUGCGGCGGCUGCUAGAUGGGCACACAUGCACAAGCAUGCGGACAUGAGCCUCAUGGGUGCAAGAGAAGAGGAUGGAGCAGGCGUGAAGCCUCUUGCGAGUGACCUGUCUUGGCUUGCGGGAGUGGAGGGGAGCAUCCGUGGGUGGGUGGGCGGCUGUGUUGCGAGCGCUCUGGCGCUGUCUCACACGAGGAAGUGGCCGCAUACUGAGGUGGAGGCAGAGCUACUGCUGGGCUGUCUAGAGCUGCUACAGCCAGUGUGCCAUCUACUUGCUGUGGGUGCCACAGCAGCACUACCAUCACAGCAGCGGCAACAGCAGCCACUGCAGGAAAGCAAGGAGGGGACGGGAAAAGGAGGAGGGGUAGGAGGCGAGGGGAGAGGAGCGGCAGGAGGGGCGGGAGGGGCAGGGGUGCUGUGGUUGUUAGAGGCGGUGGUGGUGGUGGCAGGGGCAGCGGGCAGGAGUGGCGGGGGAGUGGCGCGCAGCAGAAUGGCGCGGCUGCUGGAGGUGAAGUGGGACUGUCUUGAUGGACUGCUGUGCGCCGCCCUGCUGCUCCAUGCUGGUGGCAACGGCUCGUUGGCAGGGGUGGUGGCGGUGGAGGGUGGGGAGGAGAGGGAGAGGAUGGUUGCGGUGCAGCAGGCACUGCUUGAAGAUGCUGCAGAUAGCCUUGAGGGUCUGGAGGAGCAGCAGUUCCUGCCUCUCUUCCGUGCCCUCCGCUCCCUCCUCUCCCUGCGCGUGCUCGAUACCUUCCCCUCCGACCGCGAAAGAGUCGACGUCACAUGGCGGCUAGUAACAUCAGCAUGGAGGGCAGUGGAGGAUGGGCAGAAGCGGAGGGCGGCGCCAGUAGCAGCCUUCCUCUCUGCCGUCUUCCACCCGACCCUCUUCUCCCAGCCCUGCAUGCACUCUUUCGACCUACACCCCGCUGAAGCCGAUAGUGAUGCUGAUACACCCAGAAACGAUGUUAGCAGUGCCGUUGGUGGUAGCGUUGGUGAUGGUGGUGAUGGGGUGGAAGGCCUGGCUUCUUCUGGCAUUGAGCCUCCUCUGCAGUGGAUGGUAGCGCGUCUCAUGACCUUGGCUGAGCGCAGCCCGCGCACCAUGCGCCUCUUCUCCAUGCACUUCACGUCGCUGCUCACCGUCUUCCCCAGCGCCGCCUCUUUCUACCUCCCCACUCUCAAGGCCCUCACUCUGCAUGGCGCAGAUGCGGUGGAUGAGGAGUUAGACGGGGAGGUGGCGGAGAGUGCAGCAGCAUCACACGAGUACUGCUAUCUGGCUAGGAGCCAUGACGCUGAGCUCGCACAUGUGUUCACCAACUCUGAGAUGUUUGCUCGCGUGUGUGUUGCCAUCAUGGCUCACCACUUCGCAUCGCUCUACCUCCCACCUGUUGCUACUUCUGCUGCUUCUGCUACUCCACCUGCUCCUGCCACGUCUGCACUUACCACCUCUGCACGUGCCACGUCAUCUGACAAACAUCACGCCAUCCGCAGCUGUCAGCAGCUUCUCAUGCUUCUCCUCGAAUCUGCAGUGACGGAUCAGGAGCUUUCAAAGGAGCUGUACAAGAAGCACAGUGCGAUCCACAGGAGGAAGGUUUGGAUCCACAGGAGGAAGGUUCGGGUGUGGCAGAUGCUUGCGCUGCUCUCCCCGUUCAUAUCGCAUGACAUGUUGCCGUCUGUCACUGCCCUCUACAGCAGGGCUCUAGAGCGCAACAACAUGCCAUCAGUGCGGCAGUACGUGGAGAUAUUCGGUGUCCUCAUGUUCCUCCGCUUCCCACACCUGGUGGAGACACACGUAUUGAACCAUCUUCAGAACGCCAACCUCAAGACGCAGGCACAAGCAUCAUACGUGCUCAUUGCAGCCUGUUUCAUUCUCCACACCAAGGACUCCUCCCUACAGCUGCUGCACCUGCACCAGCUGCUGCCUGCCACGCUCCCCUACGUCACCAGUCACCACCACAACUUGCGCACCUUCACUCAGGUGCUGCUGCACCGUGUUCUUAGACGCUUUCCGCAGCUUACAGGCAGCGGCGGUGGCAGUGUAGACAGUAGCAGCAGCGGCGGAAAUGCAGACAGCAGCAGCAGUGGGAUGCAGAGUGGUUUAAAUGAGGAUCCGUCGUCCAGCAUUGUCAGCGGCAGUAAGGUGUUUCAAGCCAUAUGGACAUACCUCAACACCAACACGGACUGCGCUCGAGUGCGUGUGGCUGUUGACCGCUACUUUGACACCUUUGACCCCGAGGCAGCAGCCACGCCCCGGGGCAUGUUCCUGCGCUCCUUCUUUGAUACCCGGCAGGCGCUCCCCGGGAGGACAGCAGCGGAGAACCUCCACCGCCGCAUGGCAUUUGUGUGUCCCUCUCUGUGUGCGUUCAUCAGGUGGCAGGGUCUCAUCCGUUUGAGUGUGCGCCCACCGCUGUUCUGGACCGCGUCACAAGCUUCCUCAAUUUCGCUCGAGAGUCACUGCGAGCCGCUAUGGCAGCAGACGCAGCAGCGCUUGGGCUUAGAGGCUCUGCUGGCCCUGUGGCAGCAGCUGGGGGUGACGAAGGAGGGACAGCGGUUGAGGAGGGAGGAGGAGGCAGAGGAGGAGGAGGUGGUGCCAUUGGCAUUGAUGUGGAUGUGCAAGGAGGUGCAGAGAGAGCAGGAGCAGGAGGUGGAGGAGGAGGAGGAGGAGGAGGAGGAGGAGGAGGAGGAGGAGGAGGAGGAGGAGGAGGAGGAGGAGGAGGAGGAGGAGGAGGAGGAGGAGGAGGAGGAGGAGGAGGAGGAGGGGGGGGGCCAGGAGCAGGAGCGGGAGGACAGGCGGACUUUCAGAGGAAGAAGCGGGUGCUGGAUGCAGGGCAGGGAGGGGCAGGACCGCAGCAGCAGCAGCUGCAGCUGCAGCAAGGGCAGGGAGUGGAGCCUCAAGCUGCUCUCCUCCAAGGUGGGCCUGAGAACGGCUGCUUCUUUUCUUGCUCAUCAUCCUCAGACCUACCUUUUCUUAUACCAUCACCCGCACCUGCACCCACACCCCCACCUGCACCCGCAUCCACACCCACACUCCCACUCACCCACUCUCCCACACCCACUCACCCACUCUCCCACACCCACACUCCCACUCACCCACUCUCCCACACCCACACUCCCACUCACCCACUCUCCCACACCCAACCCACCUCACACCGCAAUCCACGCACCCAACCUCACUACCACUCUCACCACACCACAGCUCUACGCAUGCUGUGGGAGUCGAAACGAAACCGCAGCAGGGCGAGGAGGAAGAGGAACGUGCGUGCUGCUACCCUCUCUACGCAUGCGGUGGGAGUCAGAGCAGCAGCAGGGCGAGGAGGCACAGGAGGAAGCACUGCUAAGAGGCCACGUGGAGGGCAGGGAGGGGCUGCUGCAGGCGGCCACAGGCACCCGCCAGGACAUCAUUGUUGUCGCGUCUCUUAUCGGCCGCAUCCCCAACCUUGCCGGGCUCGCUCGCACGUGUGAGGUCUUCAAGGCCAACCGCCUGGUUCUCCAGGAUACGUCGGUGGUGAAUGACAGGCAGUUCCAGCUCAUCAGGUGGGUGGGCAUGAUCAGGUGGGUGGGCAUGAUCAGGUGGUUGGGCAUGAUCAGGUGGGUGGGCAUGAUCAGGUGGGUGGGCAUGAUCAGGUGGGUGGGCAUGAUCAGGUGGGUGGGCAUGAUCAGGUGGUUGGGCAUGAUCAGGUGGGUGGGCAUGAUCAGGUGGGUGGGCAUGAUCAGGUGGGUGGGCAUGAUCAGGUGGGUGGGCAUGAUCAGGUGGGUGGGCAUGAUCAGGUGGGUGGGCAUGAUCAGGUGGGUGGGCAUGAUCAGGUGGGUGGGCAUGAUCAGGUGGGUGGGCAUGAUCAGGUGGGUGGGCAUGAUCAGGUGGGUGGGCAUGAUCAGGUGGGUGGGCAUGAUCAGGUGGGUGGGCAUGAUCAGGUGGGUGGGCAUGAUCAGGUGGGUGGGCAUGAUCAGGUGGGUGGGCAUGAUCAGGUGGGUGGGCAUGAUCAGGUGGGUGGGCAUGAUCAGGUGGGUGGGCAUGAUCAGGUGGGUGGGCAUGAUCAGGUGGGUGGGCAUGAUCAGGCAAGGCAUGCUACCUGCUCUGACUAUGUUUGAACCUCUCAAAAGUAGUCAAGGCCAGUUGUUUGGUUCUCCAGGCCAGGACACGCCAGUGGUGAUAGCAGACAGUUCCUUCUCAUCUCAUCAGCGCGCCUUGGAGCUUUCUUAA